CACCACAACACCAGAUUCAAACUGCAUGUAGCAGAGAGACAGAGUCACUCCAAGGGAGAAGGACAGUUGAGCUCUACAAGUUUGUUUAAGAUCAGUAACUCAGGAAAUUACAAUUGUCUGGAUUCAAAAUUUGAUAACUUACUGUAGGUACCACUCUGCACACAUUUAUGAAAUACCCUUUUAAGGACGUUCCCAACACAUAAUACUUGGUAUCGAUAUACAGCGUUUGGCAAAAGACCGCCGCAACCAUUAAGAUGUGUUAUCUUACUUCACCACGUCUUGCCCUUCUGCUGUUAGUCUUGAUUUCUGUGACCCUAGUGACCUCUGGAUUUCCCCAACACCGACUGAGACCUUUACGAAACCCCUCUCCCAUUGGCCAGGAUGAUUCCAAAGGCGAGCAAUGGGAGAUACACUACCCUUCCAUAUCACUCCGCGACUGGAGUAUUCAGAUGUCAGCUCCAGACUUUGCUUCAGCCAAACCCAAAUCAGAGAUUCUUGGUGGAGAUGAGUGGGUUCCCAUGACCCAAUCACAAAUGGAAGAGGAGCUGUCAAAGGGUUGGCCCAGCGACUGGAUGGCCCAACCAGUGAACGAAGAGAAGAGGAAUAUCGUAGUUGCAGAUGAUGCAGCUUUCCGAGAGAAAAGCAAACUUCUAACUGCAAUGGAGAGACAGAAAUGGCUCAAUUCUUACAUGCAAAAGCUUCUAGUUGUGAAUUCAUAGACUUAUGUUGGGUGCUAGUGUAGGCCAGGUAUUUUUUGAUGAAUUAAAAAUGUUCUGUGAAGCUUUGUUUCGGUCUGUUUUCCCUGAGAUGAGAUGAAUCUUUAUCAAUGCUAUGUUAAACAUCAACAAACACUUGUGACACUUGUAUGAAAUGGUGAUGUAAGCAUAAAAUUGUGUGACUAUGGGAGCCCUCUAGUGUCAGAAAGUAUCAUUUUCGAAUCAUUACUGUAAGAUG